GACGCCGGGAAUUGUUCCCCUUCAAAAAUAACAACAUGCUUAACAAACUACAACAGUGCGAUAGCAGGGGCAGUUGAAGACACAAAUACAUUUUGCAGUGCAGCAAAUACCUAUCUGGAUUGUUUGAAUGAAGUUCACCUUAACUGCAAUUUUGACUCCGGUAAUACCUCUUUAGGCCAAAUAAUUGCUGGUGCCAAACAGACCCUUUCACAGUAUGGAUGUGGAGAUGGUGCUGACGCCCAGAAUUGUUCCCCUUCAAAAAUAACAAGAUGCUUAAUAAACUACGUCAGCGCGAUAGCAGCAGGGGCAGGUAAAGACAAAAAUACAUUGUGCAGUGCAGCAAAUACCUAUAUGGAUUGUUUGAACGAAGUUGUCCCUCACUGCAAUUUGGACUCCGGUUCUACUUUAAGUCAAACAAUUGCUGCUGCCAAACAGGCAAUUUCCAAGUACUUAUGUGGAGGUGGAGCUGACGCCCAGAAUUGUUCCUCUUCAAAAAUAACAACAUGCUCAACAAACUACAACAGCGCGAUAGCAGGGGCAGGUGAAGACACAAAUACAUUUUGCAGUGCAGCAAAUACCUAUCUGGAUUGUUUGAACGAAGUUGUCACUAACUGCAAUUUGGACUCCGGUUCUAUCUCUCUAAAUCAAACAAUUGCUGCUGCCAAACAGACCCGUUCAGGAUGUGGAGGUGCAAAUGGUGCCGGAAGUCUUGUUUUUAACUUGGUCGCAAUAGUUUCAGGACAUACAUUUUAUAAGCUGUUUUAGAUGAUAUACUUUAAUUUCAGUGUAUGAACAAAUCUACAUCUUAAAAUAUUUAUAAAUAAACAGUCAAACAAAAUAUACGAACAAAAUCUUUUUCGGACACAUUUAGAUUUUUUUUAUUGUCAACAUUAA